AUACAUAUAUAUUGGACACCCUAAAUAGUUAUAAAAAAUGGACUUAGAAUACAUGUAUUUAAUUGGUUGCAUGCUUGAAUAAUACUGAAAUUAUUCGGGAUCAAACAGAAGCUCUCAUUUGCUGGAUGAAGGGUUCAUUGGGUCGAAAAUGCACUGGUACCCGAUAUUAAGUCCAGUUUUAUCCCCUACAACAUGGAGUGCCGGGCUCAAGUACAGCAACAACAACAGGGAAAGCGUGCAAUGAUAGUGUUGGUGAGUGUGGAACAGAGUACAACUGACAUCCAACAACCUGAGGUCAAGGUCACUAAGAAGAUUUCACUCAACAGGAAAACCAUUGACGAUGCAGGGAAGGCCGCAGAAGAUGUUGAGAAAGUUGAUGUAGGGGAUAAAGUAGCGGAGGAGAAGCCGGCUAAGAAGAGGAAGUGGGGAUCCCGCACAGCUUCAACCACACAGAAAACUAAAAAAACUUCAAGUAUUCCUAUUUCUACUGAAAGUCUAAAGGGUCUUAUACCAGAUAUUAAACCUUCAUUGAAACUGGCACCUGAACCAGUUAUGGAAGAUGAAAUGGAUUAUGAGGAUGAUACAACUACCACGGAGCAAGUGGUUACGGAGCAGGAAGAUACAAGAUCAGUGAAAAUUCAAAGGACAGUUACACAGGAUGUGAAAAAAGAUGCAGAUUCUGAUGAGAAUGAUUCUGAAGGUGAAGUAGACAAAGAUAUAAGGGAAGUUAAACCUAAAGAUGCAUCCGGUGAUGAAAGUGGUGAAGAUGAUAGCAAUGAUGGUAAUGAAGUUAAGACAGAUGUCACAGUAGAAAUUAAGGAGGAGAGAUCGAUGGAGGAGGGACCUGUUGAAGAAGGGGAGGAGUCAAAGGUUAAAGAGGAGGUCAAACAGACAAAAACUGUUACAGUUACUAAAGUGAAAAAGGAGAAAAGGGAUAAGAAUAAGGAAAUUAAACUGAUCAGACGCCUCGACUCUGGUGGAUCUACCUUAGUUAAACCUGAUGAACCAAUCAGAUCAGAGCGAUCUCCAUCCCCAGCUCGAAACCCAGCCAGUAAGAUAAUACAUAUCAGGAACUUAGUACGGCCGUUCACCGUGAACCAGUUAAAAGAACUCCUAAAACGUAAUGGGAACUUGAACGAAGAACUGUUCUGGAUUGAUAAGAUCAAAUCCCAUUGCUUUGCAGUGUAUGAAACAGAAGAAGAAGCCAUUGAAGCUAGGAAAGCUUUACACAAUACAACAUGGCCACUUUCUAAUCCUAAAACACUCAUUGUGGACUUUGGCUCAGAGGAACAAAUGGAUUACUAUAGAGGGGAUGAGAAACCUAUUCCAGCUCCAGACAAGAAGGAAAAGUCCUCUGUCAGGGAACAAAAACAGAAGGAGAAAGAGGAGAAACAGAGAUUGAUGCAGGAGGAACGACAGAAGGAAAUAGAAAGAAGACAGAAAGAAAGAGAAAAGAGAAUGAAAGAAAGAUUGGAAAAAGAGGGACAUGACAGGGCUAAGCCUGUUAGAGAAUGGGACAAAGACAAGAAAUCAAGGGAGGAUUGGGACAGAACAUUACAGAAAUCUAGGUCAAGGUCACCAAGGGAUCAUAAAGGUCAAAGGUCAAGGUCAGGCUCUCCAGUAAGGGAGAAAAGACGGGAUAGAAGCAGGGAGAGGAGUAGAGAAAGGGCUGGUAGAAAAGAUAAAAAGAAAGGUCUGGAGAAGAAGGAAGAUGAGCCCCCUGCUAAGUUACUUGAUGACUUAUUCAAGAAGACAAAGAUCACUCCCAGUAUAUACUGGCUUCCUUUAACAGAAGCUCAGAUUGCUGAGCGUGAGAAGUUUUGGAAGACAAGGCCAUUAUUGAGACAAAAGCAGGAGGGAGAUCGGGUCAGUCCAAUGAGGGAAGUACCAGAAGGUGAGAGGCCUGUUGCCAGGAGACGACAGACAAAUAGUCCACUUGCUAAUAGAAAAUUAUCUCAGGAAGGUGUUGGUGAUAGAGGUAGAGGCCGCAGGCCAUCUCCAGAAAGACGCCGCAGAGAAAGUAGUCCUGAUCCUCGAAGUAGGAGUGGCGGAAGGAGACGAUAGAUAUAGAAAAAGUAGUGCAACAUUAUUAUUUUUUAUUCAUUUUGAUAAGACUACUGACAAAAAAUAUGAGAAUUUACGACACGUCUUUUGUCAUAGUGCAAAAAUCUGCAAACGUAUGAAUAUAAGGCAGCAGAUUUGGUAUACAUGUACCUUGUUUCUAAAUGCUGUCACAUUUUUAACAGUUUCUUCUACAGUAUAAUAUAGCAAGAAAGGCUAUCACUAAAGAUAUACAAUGCAGUUUGUUUCAUACUGUAUUUCAGUUCAAUUAUAUAGUUUGUAUUGCUUUUUAAACUUUACAUGGUAAAAAAUUACUGUGAAAUUAUCGUAAUAGUUUGUGCAGGCAGCAAUAUUUUUUUUAAAAAUUUGUCAAGUAUGAAUUUGAUAUUGUUUAUUUUAUUGAUAAAUUAAAUAUGCAGUGACAGUUGCAAGAUUUUUUUAUUGAUAACUUACAUUUUUUAUUACUGUAAAAAAAAUAUGUAUUGACUAUUCAGCCCGUUGUCAGCAACAAACUUGAACAAUGUGUGCUAUGAGCUAGUAAAAAUCAAUAUAGUCAUUUAAAAUGGGCUUUAAAUUGCAAAAUAAUGAAAGAAAACAAAAGUUAAGAAUGCAUUUACUUAUCGAAUAUUUAUAAUUGCUAGAUCGCACAGUUCAUUCCAAUAUGACCCUUUAAAUUGAGGGUAUAUAGAUAUUUAUUUACAUGUUAUUUUACUAUUAGAAAAAACAAUUAUGUUCAUACUUACAGAUGAAGAUUAUGUGUUGUUACUUAAGACUGAUAUUUGUUUUUCCAACACAGUUUAUGUUAAAGGAUAUAAAGCUGUAUCUGAAAUAUUUUUAAACAUUAAAACUUUAUUGUUUCUAUAAUCUUAUGGCCCAUUUGAAAGUUGUAGAAUAGAAUGUCUCCAUUAUUAGACACAUAAUUAUGAAUAUUGUAUAAAAACAGAAUAAAAUUUUCCAGAACAAAAUAUUUUUUGGCUAUUUCAAGAAGAGUUUUGUCUGUUUAGCAAUGAUUUUGUGUAUAAGCCUUUCAAUUUUAAGGCAGUUUAGUACCAUAUUUAUUUCUGUCAUACAAGCAUUUAGGAAGUAUUUUCUUUUAAAAUUUGAACAAUAAUUUUUGC